UGGAAGCAAGAAAUGCCUUCUGCAGCAUCAUUUCGCUGCAUUAGAUCGUGAAUUUGGUCAGCUAGAAGUAGACGCCAGAAGUAGCAUAUAAGCUAAGUGUUCGCUCAAGUUCACCGUAGUGUCAACCAAAGCAGAUAGGAACAGUUGAGCAAUGAGCUUUGGGCAGCGCAAAAACUAUACCGUCCCAGUGGACGCCGAGUCACCGGAGGCUCGGGACGAUGCCAAGCUGCUGCCGUUGGGUCCUUUCGAUAAGAUCCCGCCAAUUAUCAUCGAUGGCCAGGAUGCGCCCAAAACUCCCAUCACACCUACGACGCCGAUCAUCUAUUGUCCGCAGUCUCCAUCGGCGGGUAGUAAGAGGAGCCGUGCGCUGCGACCGGGAACGACGAGAAAGUACCGACGUAGGGCGAUUCUGAAAAACGGUGAUUGUAACAUUGUCCUGUCGAAGGUGUCGCGACAACGGUUGCGCUUCCUACAGGACAUUUUCACCACGCUGGUUGACGCUCAGUGGCGCUGGACGCUGCUUGUGUUUGCGUUCAGCUUCAUCGGUUCUUGGCUGUUUUUCGGAGCCAUCUGGUGGUUGAUCGCAUUCACUCACGGUGAUCUAGAGGAGAUGCAUCUGCCAAAAAAUCAAGAGGAAUCCGGCUGGAAGCCCUGUGUGUUCAACAUCGAAUCGUACACGUCAGCCUUUCUGUUCUCCAUUGAGACGCAAACGACUAUCGGGUACGGUUAUCGGACGACCACAGAGGAGUGUCCUGAAGCGAUCUUCAUCAUGUGUUUCCAGUCGAUCUACGGCGUCAUGAUGCAGGCGUUCAUGGUGGGUUUCGUGUUCGCGAAGAUGACUCGUCCAAAGCAUCGAACCCAGACACUACUUUUCUCGAAGCAUGCUGUCAUCUGCCAGCGUGAUGGUGAGCUAUGUCUAAUGUUCCGGGUUGGGGACAUGCGCAAGAGCCACAUUAUCGGGGCGAAUAUUAGGGCGCAGCUCAUCCGAACCAAGUUGUCACGCGAGGGUGAAGUGAUGGCACAGUACCAGCACGAGUUAGAGGUUGGAGCGGACCAUUGCGGCUCGGACCUAUUCUUUAUCUGGCCGCAAAUUGUGAUCCAUAAAGUCAACUCAGAAUCUCCGUUCUACAACAUGUCGGCGUCGGAUCUGCUGCAGGAUCGGUUCGAGAUCGUCGUCAUUCUCGAAGGCACAGUUGAGUCAACGGGUCAGUCGACGCAGGCUCGCUCGAGCUACGUCAACACCGAGAUUCUGUGGGGCCACCGGUUCGAGCCGAUCGUCUUCUACAACAAGGAGAACCAGGUGUACGAGAUCAACUACAGCAAAUUCAACGAGACACACUCGGUUGAUACGCCGCUCUGUUCGGCCCGUGAACUUGCCGAGUUCUACAAGUAUCAGGACGAUUAUCGCAACCAAGACCGCUCUGUCAGUGGCUCCACGAGGUCGAUGUUUGAAAGACGUUGGCACCAGCACUACACCAAUACGAUACGCACGCUCAGCUCGGUCUAUCUGGAGGAUGAACGAUCGUCGCUGGGAGUGCAGCCGCGUUACCUAACGAUCCAGGGCGUACCAAGGCGGCCCCGGUCUUACCAGCAGCUGGAUAAUAACCUGCGUAAUCUCUUUAAUCCACCGUCGGUCACUAUCUCACCCUCAUCAAACAGCUCACUUCGCAAUGAAAAUUCAUAGCACGCACGAUUGUGCGUAGUCUUCACACACUAGUCCCGUAGUUCCAACGAUUCGGCCGACUGGCUUUGAUAGAAUAGUUAAAUCAACAAUUGUUAGGAUUGGAUUUGAGUUUUAUGAAUCUUAUGUUAUUAUCUGCUGCUAUUUAUGAUAAUGUUAGGUAGUUAGCGAUAGUCUAAGGGCAGAAUCUGCUAAAUAAGAAUUGCCGCAAGCGAAAGUGAGAAUAUUCCAUACAUUCUACGUCAACCAUACGAAAAUAUCAAAGUAAACUCCGA